AUGGCAUCAUCCCCCCAACCUCCACACCCUGCCGCGCCAGACACACGUGGAGUUGGUCCAGCACGUAGGACAGCAGCGUCAAACACGUCCCCACGUGCAUUACGCGCUGCUCGACGUGGAAAGGAGUCGCAGCCACACGAGCAGCAACGAGAGGAGCUGGUGGGACGGGUGGGAAUAACGGCACCUGGGGAGGCGGCGGGGGAACAGGAGCCGGUGGAGGGUGAGACGGCUGCGGCCGCGGCGGCAGGGGGAAAUGGCGCAACGGGGACUGAGUCAGAGGCGGCUGUGGCGGUUGAGGCUGCGGCUGCUGUGGGGCUGGAGGAGGUUGCUGCGGAGGCGACUGAGAUGGUGGCUGCUGCUGAGCCUCGCGGGCCUGACGCUGCCUCUGGCGGCGGCUCAGCCUCACCCUCUGCCAUCCCCCAGACGUGGCAACCGGAGGAGCCGGGACCACCAGUGGCCCAGGAACGGACCGAGGCGGUGGAGCUGGCGGCGUCACCGGAGCCUGUAACGGCGUCUGCGCUGGCUGCGGCGGUGACAGCGGCGACAAGGGAACAAGAUGGAGCCCGGACCGAGGAGGGUGCGCCGGGCGCCGCUGCGAACGCCGAAACUUCUGCUGCUGCCGAGGGCGCAAGCACGCAGGGACACGACCUGGGGGGGAGCGGUAGACAGGGUCGCGGACCCCACGGCGUGAAACCCGCAGUGUUACGAGGGCGCAAGGCACUACCUGGGGCCAGCCAAGAGUGCAUGGAUGAUCCUGCAGUAUCUGCCGAGGCUGACGCUGCGCCCGGCCCCUGA